UGGAUCCUGGUCACUGUUCAGCCCAGGGCAGUAGUUUUCAAGAGCCUUUCCCCAUCUGAGGGCUGUUUGGAGACCUGUGAGAAAUGAGCUGGGGAAGGGGUAGUUGGUGUCUCAGUCUAGUUCCUAGAGGCAGAUUUCUACAGCACUUCACCUGGGAACCUCCUGUCCCUCAGAGCAUGGAGGCCUAGGAGCGAAUUGGCCAUGGAGACUCAAUUCCCCUUUUGUCCCCAGAGCUGGUCUCUCCAGACCAGAGUUGAAGAAUAUUAAUGACCUUUGAAGGGAAGGCUGCUUGGUCCUGGGCUGUGUUGCACCUGCUCUGAGGCUGGGAGAAGUCGAGGAAUUCUAACUCCAGGCCCAUUAGAGCAGCGACUCUCUAGCCAGAACUUAUAAUGAGUCACACAGUAAAAUAUAAUCACGUGAAAUUGUUUCCCUCCAGGUGUGAGAAGAGGAAGUUCCAGCAGCCAGAGGAGAUUUCUCCUGAACUGGAAGAGCGAGUCAGUGGUUUCCCCCAGAAAACGAUUGUGCUAAUGGAGAUUCUGGGGAAGUUCAAAGACACUUUGCCGUCUGAACUGGAGAUAAAAAGAGGAGAAUUCUUUGGAGCACACAGACAGGGGAAUGUGACUCUGGAUCCAGACACGGCUCAUCCCAAACUCGUCCUGUCUGAGGAUUGGAAAAGUGUGAGACGGGGAGACACACACCAGCGACUGCCCGACACCCCUGAGAGAUUUGACACUGACCACUCCAGCAUUGGGGUCCCCACCCCCAAACAUGGGACCCGCUACCAGCACACGGCAGCUGAGCCCUGGCCCAGCCGCGACUCCAUCCCCAUGCGGGUGGAGCUGCUGGGCAGCACAGAGUGA